AUGGCUACCAACGAGGAGCUGUUCCGCCAGAUGCAGGCCCUGACCGCGGAGGUGCAGAGGCUGAGCGAGGAGAACGCUCGACUGCAGCGCGAGCAGCAAGGCGGGCUCCAGGCCAUCCCGGCCCUCGUGGAUGCGGUGACCCGCCUGACGGGUAGGCCCGACCAGUUCCAGAGGCUCGUCGACACGAAAGGGAUCGGCAAGCCCUCGGUGUUCGACGGGUCGGAGGCCAAGGCAGUGCUGGAGUGGAGCGUCGAGCGGCACGACUCGAUCGAUCGCGGGCUCUGGCAGGCGGCUUUCGGGCCGCACAGCGAAGGCGAGAUCGACCACAUCGACGAGAUGGUGGCGCAGCUGCACACGGCGAUCCAGCAGCUCGUGACGGGCGAGCCCUUCGACAUCACUCAGAACGUCGACAAGGGCAACGGGCUCGAGUGCUGGAGGCGCCUCGCGAGGAGGUUCGACCCUUCCACCGGCGGGCGGAAGCGGAACUUGUUGAAGCAGGUGCUCUCGCCCGGGCGCUGCAAGCUCGAUGAGCUCGCGGGUGCCCUGGAGAGGUGGGAGGAGGCCGUGAAACGGUACGAGUCCAGGAGGGGCGACGACGGCAACCGCGAGCGGCUCUCGGACAGCGUGCGGAUGUCUGCCUUGGAGAGCCUGCUACCAGCUGAGCUCGAAGAACACGUUCUUCUCAACCAGAGCCGCCUGAACACCUACGAGCUGCUCAGGAGGGAGAUCGCGUCGUACCUGGAGGCCAGGACCGGUGCUCGACUUCGAGACGCCCCGGUGCUCACCAAGGCGCAGCGCGACCCCAACGCCAUGGACAUCGGCGCCCUGGUCCGCGCGUACCAGGGCGGGAAGGCCGGCAAGGACAAGGGCGGCAAGGGCAAGACGGGCACUGGCAAAGGCAAGGACGACAAAGUCAAGAAGGGAGGUAAGGGCUCAGGCCCAGGCUCAGGCAAGGGGUCUGACACGUCCCACCUCGUCUGCUGGAACUGCGGGCGUUCGGGGCACAAGAGCUCGGACUGCUGGAGACCGUCGGCCUCGGCGGAGGUGAUCGCCAAGGCUAAGGCUAAAGCCAAGGGCAAGCAGAAGCCGAAGGGCGGCGGCAAGCACGACGCAGGCGCGCUGGACGUCGGAAAGUCCGAGGAGGAGGCCCCGGGCAACUGGGAGCCAGAGGACCACAUGUUCUUGGAGCUGUUCUCCGCCGAGCGCGAGGAGAGCGCGAAGGAGGUGAACGGGGGGAUCGUGGGCGACAAGGGCUGGGUGAAGGUCAACUUCGACAGCGGAUGCGCGAGCUCGGUGAUCCCCCGCGAAUGGACUCCAGCGACUUCGGCCCCUUCGAGUCAGAGGUUCAAGACGGCGAGUGGUGGUAUCAUCGCAGACGAGGGCGGCGGGGUGCUGGAGGGCGUCAACGAGAAUGGCGCCAGGAUGCGCCUCGCCGGGCGCAGGGCUGCUGUUACCAAACCCCUCGUCUCGGCCAGCGAGAUGCUCAAGAAGAGGAUCGGCAUCCUGGACGAGAGCUGCGGCAUGGUGAUCGAGAAGGGUUCCACUGCCGGACGGGCGAUCAUGAAGCUGGUCGCUAAGCUCAAGGAGACGGGAGCGCUGGAGAACAACAUCAGGUUGCACCAGGAGCGCGGGGUGUACAACGCCUACCUGAAGUUGCCGGAGGAGAAGGCCAGGGAGCUGGAGCAGUUGCCGCUGAACACGAUCGAGUCGGAGCUGGCCCAUCGCCGAGCCGAGGUCCCUACGGUCGUCACCGACUACGGCUACCUCAACGCUAGCGAGUCGGACAGCAGAGGCCGCGACGCCAGCUCUGCGAUCACGGUGUUGGUGAUGCACGACUGCUUGCCGAGCGGGACGGGCUGCUACGGCGCGAGCUCGGUCCCGGCCAAGGGGAAGGGCGACUUCAGCUCGAGCGUGGCGGUCGACUUCUUCAAUCACAUCGGCCACAAGAGGUGCAUCUACCAGUCGGACGGCGAGAACCCGCUGCUGGCGCUCAAGAGGGACGUCUGCAGCAAGGCCGAGGGGAAGGAGCUGCUGCUUCGCGAGAGCCCGGUGGGAGAGCACCAGGCGAAUGGAGCAGCCGAGAACGCGGUGAAGGUCAUCAAGGGCGUCGUCAGGACGGUGCUGGUGUCGGCCCAGGCCAAGUGGAAGCAGCGUCUGCCGUUCGGGCACCCGCUGAUGCUGUGGGCCCCCACCUAUGCGGCCCAGAUGCUGAAUAGGUUCAAGAUCGGCGACGACGGCAAGACGAGUGAGCAGAGGAGGUCUGGCAAGCGCUGGGAGAAGGUGACGGUUCCCUUCGGCGAGCGCAUCCAGGUGAAGAAGCUGGUGAAGGACUCGCUCAAGCGCGACCUGGGACCCUGCUGGGUCACGGGCUACUGCGUGGGCCACACCAGCAGGAGCGGCACGGCGCUGGUGCUCACCUCGAAGGGGGUGCAGCGCGGCACGGAAGAGGUCCUCGGGCUCAAAGGCAAGCCUUGGGACUGGAAGGGCGGCGAGGAGCGCUACGCGGCAGCUCCGGCGGACGUCGCCCCGAGAGCUGGGCGCAUGGAUGCGCCAGUGGUGGCGGCGCUGCCAGCAGCCGCCGAGCCGCGAGACGUGGGCUUCUACGUCACCAGGGCCAACAUCCUGGACGCGGGCAUCGGGCCGACCGAGGGCUGCGUCGCCUGCGAGAACCUGGUGGCUACUGGGCGCGCAGGAGUUGCCCACUCGGAGCUGUGCCGACAACGCGUGAUCGAGGCGCUGGCGGCUCGAGCCCCGAGAGACCUCGAGGGCAGGAGAGGCGCGAAGCAGGCGCGGGCGGAUCCGCCGCCCGUGGGGUCUUCGGCGCCGCGCGUCAGGAGGCGUGAGGAGGAGCAGCCGCCCCAGGAGGCGCGUGCAGCCCCCCAGCCUAUGGCGACGGGCGGACUCGAGGAAGUGCCGCUCGAGUUGCAGUCGCUCGCGUUCUCGGAGUACUGCAACCCAGGAUGCUUCACUGAGCUUGCUGGGGAGUUUGGCAUGCUCCCAGGGCUAGCGGCGGACAUCAGCCUCAAGGACCGGGAGUCUCAGGAGGCGCUGGACAUGAGGAAGAUCGUGAACCAGCAGAGGUACAUGCAGGCGCUCGAGGACCAGGACCCCUACUUGGUCAUCGGGGCGCCGCCCUGCACGCGCGUCUCGAAGCUGACGAGCUUGAACCGCGGCAAGUACAAGGACCCGGAGGCGCACGCCAAGGCCGAGGAGGACGAUCGUGCGUUGCUUCGCUUCGGGAUGGAGGUCUACAAGGAUAGGCACGCCAAGGGCAGGUGGUUCUUGCACGAGCACCCUUGGGACGCCAAGUCGUGGGACGACGAGGCGGUGAAGGAGGUGGUCUCGCUCCCGGGGGUGUACCUCGUGCGAGGGGACAUGUGCGCCUGGGGCCUAGAGCUCAAGGGCGACGACGGGAAGGUCGGGCCGGUCAAGAAGAGCACCGGCUGGCUGACCAACAACGAGCGCCUUGCUAAGGUGCUAGCAGUCUGUUGUCCUGGAGGACAUCGACACGUACCGCUACUUGGCGGAGGCCGUGCUAGGAAGGCGCAGUCCUACACGCCUUCGCUACGCCGCGCGAUCUUGCAGGGGCUCAAGGAGGAGCUCGAGAUCGCGGGCGAGAUCAACUCGUUCGAGGGCGUCGGGCCGGUGCCAGACGAGGAGGCGCAGUACUUCAAGCCAGACGCCCCUCCAGGUGCAGCGGAGUCGGACAAGUGGUACUGGGGCGACGUCAACGGGGGCUGGCUCGACCCUGCGGGAGUACGGGCCGCGCGCCAGGAGGAGCUGGCCUGGAUGAAGCAUCGCGAGGUGUUCGAGCCGAGCGACGAGGAGACCUGCGGGCGCCUGACCGGUCGGGCGCCGCUACGGACGCGCUGGGUCGACACCAACAAGGGCGACGAGCAGAGGCCAAAGUACCGCUCCAGACUGGUCGCGAUGGAGAUCAAGGCUGCGAAGAAGGCGUCCGAGCAGAUGAGCGCGAGCGAGCUCUUCAGCAGUACGCCGCCGCUGGAGGCGGUCAAGCUCCUGUGCUCGCUCAUGGUCUCGAUGGGCCGCUCGCCCCGAGGACUCCCUCUCAAGAUCGGCUUCUGGGGCGUCAGCCGGGCGCGCCUGUACGGGGACGCCCAGAGGGUCUUGUUCGUUCGUCUUCCGGAAGAGGAAGGAGGAGGAGUCGCUCGCCUGCUACGUUCCAUGUAUGGUACUCAGGGCGCGGCUUCAGUGUGGCAGAGCGACUGGAGUCGACAGCUCUUGGAAGAUUCGUGGCGCAUGGGCGUGGCAAGCCCAGCUGUGUUCUAUCGUUCCAGUGAUGAAGGUCGCGGGUUGGCUCACGGCGACGACUUCAUGGUGCUCGGCGACGAGAUCACGCUGAAGGAGAUCGAGACGAAGCUGACCGAGCGCUACGACAUCAAGUGCACCGGGAUCUUGGGUCCCGACAGCGGGGACGCGAAGGAGGUCGUGUUCCUCAACAGGGUGUUGCGGUACGUUGACGGCUCCACCCCGGCGGUGGAGAUCGAGUCGGACCAGAGACACGUGGAGCUGCUGAUCAAGGAGCUUGGCCUCGAGAACGAGUCGAAGGGCUUGGACGUGCCGUCGGUCAAGAAGACGGAGGCGGACAUCGACUACGAGGCAAAGCUCAGCACGCUGCCCCUGGACGAGGUUGCUGCCAUCGCCGUGGACCUCGGGCUCGAGAAGAGCGUCGAGGUCGUCUGCAAUCACGGGGAGUUCCCGGUAGAGGUCUGCGGGGACUCAACGGCGGCGAUCGCGUUCGCAUCGCGCCAGGGCCUGGGUCGUCAGAAGCACGUGAUGACGAGGUACCUGUGGCUCCAGAGCGCGGUCAAGGCUAAGAGGAUCAAGCUCAAGAAGGUCGACACACGGGAGAACGUGGCCGACUCCUUGACCAAGCCGUUGUCGGCGAAGGUGGUCCAGAAGCAUCUCAAGAGGAUGGGGUACCACUUCAGGUCGAGGUGGAGCGCCCUGCACCGGACGAUCGCCAAGAGAUCGGCCACGGCCGGGGCUGGGCCGCCCCUCACGGCGGCGCUGCCUUCGGCUGCGGUGCCCGCCGGGGCGGCGCUGUCGGUGGCGCUGCUCUCAGAUAUCUGCUUUGCCCGCUGGGGUGCCCCAAGCUCACAGGAGAAGGAGAGGUCCAGCGGUCUAGCGGUGUAUGGGUACCCCGUGGCCCGGGCCGUGGUCUCGGCGGCCCCGCGGGGAACUCGCGCGGCGCUGGCCGCCGCAGCACCUUUAGCAGCGCCCAGGGCCGCUUCGAGGGAGCUUCGGCGGAGGUGUCGUGGACGGAGCCAGAGCAGCACGAGAAGGACCGGGACUCGGUGCUGCCCGCGCUGGCGGCGCUCCUGCGCGGCGGGCCCGGCCUCGGGCGCGCGUUGGCCGAGUGGUUCUUCGACGCCCUCUGCGCGAGCCAACACGCGGCUUCCGGGGCUGGCAGGCGCUGGAGCACGGGCGCCAGCAGGCUCCUCGACGCCGUGCCAGCCCGCCGAGGGCUCCUCGGCGGGAGGCGGGCCGGCGCUGGAGAGCGGGCAGCUGCUGCGCAUGGUUCCGCUGCUCGCGCAGAAGCUCGGCCUGCCGGAGUGGGUCUUCUACGGCAUCGGCGACACGAUACCGCUCUUCGACUUCGACAACAACGGGGUGAUGGACGAACAGGACGAUGACGAUGGCAGAAAAGCUGUUCAAGUCGUGGCUCAUCGAGAAGAAGAUUGA